AUGAAGCAGUUCAGGGACGGAGCCAUCGAUUCCAUAACCAUGGAAAACUGGAUGGCAUACACCGGGCCAGUUCGACUGAAGGCGAUGCCCGGUGUGAACAUCAUAGCUGCAGCCAACGGAUGUGGAAAGAGCGCAAUAGUGUGCGCUAUCGCAAUCGGACUCGGCUUCGAUCCCAGCGUCUUAGCCAGGGGCGACAACAUCCACUCGUUCAUCAAGCGUGGAUUCAACCAGGCUAAGCUGCGCAUCGGUCUAAUCGACAGCAAGGCUAAGGGCGGAAUCACGCUGGUAGACCGUACAAUGACCAUCGCUUCGUCAUCAAAUACACCCCAGCCUACGCAGCCUGAUAGCGAUGAAGAGGAGUUGGCCGAAGAAUAUGGUCAACAAGAGGAGGAGGAUGAAGAUGACCCGCUAAAAUCAGUAAAGAGGCCUCGGACACCCAAGGCUGUGGAAGACGAUGAUUACGAAGGCGAGGCAACUGAGAGGAAGGAUCGGCAGGAGGCCAAAAAGCGGAGGGCCGCCAGGAUGAAGGCAGCGAAGAAAAAGGCUGAAGCGGAAAUGAAAGCCGCGGCUGCCGCUGAGAAGGCUAAACGCCCCCGCAAGAAAAGUGACGCCGCCAAAGUUUCGAUCAAGAACGACUGGGCGAUCAACGGCAAGCCGGCGACGCUGGAAAUGGUGAAGCAGCUCCAGAAAAGGCUGAACAUACAGGUGAACAACCUCAUCACCUUCCUCGCACAGGCAAAAGUCGGCAAGUUCGCGGCAAUGACGCCGCAGCAGCUGUUCAGGGCCACCCUCAACGCCAUCGAGCCGUCGCUGUGCAACGACCUGGACGAAAUAACGGAAAAGUCGAAGGAGAUCACGGUGCUGCGCUCCAAAACACAGAUGCUGCUCGAUGAUCUAAACGCUACCACCGUCAAAAUCGCACAGCUCAAGGUCAUCAGCGACACGCUCAGCAAGAUGAAGGACGCCACUCUGUACGCGAACUUGGUCAAGCAGAGGCUGUACCGCAUAAAGCUGGCCAACCUGGAACGAGGCCUCAAGGCCACGAGGACCAGGCUGAACUCCACUGCCGAUGAGUACAAGGCAGCCAAGGAGGAGAAGACCGCCAUGGAGCAGAAGCUGAAGGGCCUCACCUCCGAAACCUCCCGCGUCUUCCGCAAAGCGAAGUUAAAGAUCGUGAAGGCCAAAGCAAUUAACAUAAUGAACGUGGUAAAACCAAUCAAGCAGAGCAGUGUUGGAAUGCUACCCCUGAGCGAUGAUAAUGCAAUCAGCAAGGUCUACUUCAAGGUGAUGACCGAGCUGCGCACCUUCGCCGAAAAGAAUGCCUCGCAGAACACUUUAGGACAAACGAGAAUCGUGAACAAGGACGUUCUGCAGAAAAGGCUGGUCGCAGUCAACAAGGAGAUUGAGCUUCUGAAUCUGCAGAUAACGGGAGAGAACGAGCUCACCACGGAGAUCGCAGACUGCAGGAUGAACGAAGAAACCCUAAAAAGCACCCUACGCAGACUACAGGGAGCCGCUGUGCGCAGAUACGGGGAUAUCCAAGUUGAAAACCUGCUGAAGAACCUGAACGCCAUCAAGCGUGACGGGUAUCGCCAAUUCAUCAGGUGGCGGCGCGAACAAAUCAGGGAGCAAGAGCAGGCAAAUUUGGGCAGGUCUAACCCAACUGCCGCCGAUAAAGCGCAGUUAGUCAAAUCCGAGUCUGACGGUGGCGCUCAGAAUGCAAAUGAGAGGGGCAACCAGCAGAGCCAGGGCGACAACGCAAAUGCGACAGGUGGGGAUGGCUCCAACAGCGAGAAUGGAGCAGACAAGCGUGAUAAACGGACCGCUAAGUUGCCUAAACUGCUAAUAUCGGACAUGAAGGUGCACGGUCGCGUAAACUGUUGCAUAGUAGAGGAGGCAGCGAGCCGUUACCUGGACUGUUUAAUGAUUUCUAAGGAUUCCGCCCUGACGGUAACGACGGUGCUAAGCAAAUUCAAAGUUCCUUCGGUUACCGCCCCGGAUAGAACCCCGGUGCUGUGCAAAGUCACUGACAAGAUGCGAAGCUUCGGCGUGAAGCAUUUCCUGCACGAGCUUGUGGAAUGCAGCGACAUGGACACUAAAUACACCCUAGCCUCCGUUGCGAAUUUGGGCACAUCGUUCGUGGUAGAUGAGAACGUCCUGCUCGCUAGACUGGAAAAGGAGAUUAACCCAGACGCAUCGGAAUCUCCUGUGUCGGGAGCCUUUUCUAAAGACGAUGGGACUCCCACCCCGCGUGCAACAUCGCCAGUAAAUGCUGAUGAAACCACGUCAGGCCGACGGUCGCGGAGCGCAUCUGAGACCCUAACACAGGAAGGGAACGGCACUGACUCAGUAAAUGAAGACGGCGCCGAUCCUGCCACGGCACCUGCUGACAGCCAAUGUCGCACCGCGUCGGUGCAGGAAGGUACACCAUCGGCAUCUGCCAACGUAUGCGGCACUACAGAAUCCCCAGGAAAAGCAGAGGAAAACGGUGGUGAGAACUCGAACAAUGCGAGCGCAGGUGAAACACCGGAAAGGGGCCUUGCCAAAGCACCAGUGAGGCGGCUGAUUACCAGGGCGACGAAAUACUCCCGUUUUAGAAGCGCGGAAACUCCCCGCUCACAAGAUGAGAACAGCCAGUCACCAAACCAACCACUAAAAUCAAGAUCGCAAACGAUGCCGGACAACACCUGCAUCUCACCAUCCUCCGACGCCAAAGGCGCGAAAACGGAUGGUGUAACAAAGCAAGAGUCCGUAACGCCAACUGACGACAACCACCAGAAAACAGAAGUUGUGGACAAUAUGGCGCCAGCACAUAUCGCAACAGACAACCCACACCACGACCGCCAGGCCAAGGAGGAGCAAUUCUUCCGCAGGUUCUACGAUUGCAUGGUGAAGGAGAUAGGGAAGCAGGUAGGCCAACACGUGCGCAUUUUGAGGUACUACGUGGGCACAAAACGGCACAUCUACAGGUCGUUUAAGGACGCGGAUGACGUAUACAGCGACUACGCGGUGGAAAUACCCACCGCACCGACGAUGCUCCACGACUGCAACAAGGUCACCGAGACCACCAGCGCCCAGGGCGUGGAGGCUGUCGAACGCGAGCUUAAAGACGUCGCCGAGCGGAUCAGGGUGCUCGGCGGCAUGCUCUACGGCCGCAAACAGGAUAACAAGGCCGCUGCCGGCAGGGUGUACGCUCUGAGCCGGGAGCGGCACUCCCUGGAAAAAACGCUGCAGGGCAUUGACGGAAACUUCGGCAGCGGCACGUCGAAAGACAAGCGCAAGGAGGAGAUCGAUAAAAUGGAAAAGGCGCAGAGGGAGGAACUAAAGGAGGCGAUCGCGGCGAGGACUGACGCGAUCCAGAAGUGGAUCGAGAAGACCAAACUGCGCAGGAUAACCCUGCAAGAGGCGCAAGAUCUGUAUACCCAAUAUAAAACGUUAAACAGGCGUAAAAUGCGUCUGGAAGACCUGUUCAAGAUCUCCUCCACGACGUACGAGGAGGUGAAAACGGAGUUCAAACGGCUCGAGGGCACCCUGGCCGAGCAGGAAAGCAAACACAAGCAGUACGUGAAGGACAUCAACGAGCUUAACAUCCUCAUCAAAGCCAUCAGCGGCGAGAUUGUCAGCGCGAAUGCCAGGGCUGAGCAGUCGGAGCAGGCCCGGGAGCGCGAAGCGCUUAAAAUCCGGCAGCAGAAGGCGAGCAAGCUGGACAAUAUGACGGAGGCCGACCUCGAGCGCGAGCUGCAGAUCGCAGAACUGAACGUGAAGCAGCUGGAACGCGACGACUGCGAGGAGACCCAGAACGCAAGGGACAUGAGGGACUCGAUCAUUCACGAGGAGAAGCUGUCAACCGAGAUCGCGCAGGCGGAGGCCAACGCGAAGGAGCUCAACGACGAAAAGGACCGGCUCUACGACACGUGGAUCAGACGCGUCAGAGCGUUGGUUGCGCGCAUAGAUGCCAACUUCGGUAAGUACAUGCAGCAAAUCGGGGAAGGCGCGGGCGGGCAAAUCAGGCUGGAGGCGAAGCUGGAUGAGAUCAAGGACGCCCAGAUCAAGAUCUUAGUUAAAUUCCACGGUGACAGGGACAUGCUGCCUCUGGCCGCGUCGUACCAAUCUGGUGGCGAGCGCGGCGUGAGCACGAUGGUCUACAUACUGGCGGUGCAGCACCUCACGAGCAACGCGUUCUUCGUCAUCGACGAAAUCAACCAGGGUCUGGACUCCAACUACGAGACUCGCAUCAUGACGCUGCUUCUGCACACCCACAUCUCCAACAACGAGCCCGGACUGGGCGAAAACGGCAGCCAGACUGACGAACCGGUCGAAGCUCUGGCGGUCAAGCCGCCGCCGCAGUACUUCGUUCUCACCCCUCAGCUUAUCUCCGGAAUCGACCUCCGCAAUGCGACGCUGCACUUCCCACUCAACGGCCCCGGCGUGAUCAACGGCCUUGUGCUCUGA